GUGGACACCAACCUGUGUUACUAAAGAAACCAUAUAGAUUUUGGUGAUGGCGUUAAAACCUACAACUUGUAAAGAAGCUAUUGCACGAUGGGAGAAAGAGAAAGGAGAAGUGGCUACAGAGGCAAAAGUUAUAGAGCUACAGUUCCAAUGGCCACCGAUCGAGAAAAUGGACGGAGCCCUCUCAACGCUUGUAAAUUGCGAAAAACUAAGUUUAUCAUCCAAUAUGAUUGACAAAAUAGCCGGAAUCGCUGGAAUGCGAAGUCUUAAGAUCUUAUCCCUUGGGAGAAACUACAUAAAAUCUUUGGCGGGGAUCGAAACCGUUGCUGAAACAUUGGAGGAGCUCUGGAUAAGUUACAAUACAAUUGAUAAAUUAAGAGGAAUUGGAGUGAUGAAAAAUCUACGCGUACUAUAUAUGUCUAACAAUAUGAUCAAAGAAUGGGUGGAAUUCAAUAGAUUACAGGAAUGUCCAGCGUUAAGAGACUUAGUAUUUAUUGGAAAUCCUCUUUGUGAGAAUCAACCUGAUGUGGAGACUUGGCGCACUCAAGCCUCCAACCGACUGCAUCAGAUAACAAAGCUAGACGGAAUACCUAUAGUCAGAGAAACUGAUUGAAAACAUAUUCAUUAACGUUAGUA